AUGCGUUUCCUUGAAAACCCUCUCCUGGUGGCAGCCAUUGCCCUCAUCCCCGCUGCCCUGGCACAACAAGAUUUGAAAGGCCAAGGAGCAGUUCAAGUGACCACCGCAGACGGAGACUUACCCCUUGGAUGUAUCAACUCCAGCGGUCAAUGGUCCGUUGCAAAUGACUGCCUUGGCUUUUCUACGGCGGGUGAUAGUCAACUGUACAGUAAUAAUGGCUGGCUCUCUCUGAACGAUGACGGGGACAUUGUUCUGGUGGCAGACUGGGACAAGGCGGACUCAUGGCAAUCGACCGGUUACUCCUUUGGCGGAAUUCCGUCCUACCUUGUGGCCAUUGGCAGCGACACCGACGAUGUCGUAGGAGGUCCCUUUUGGUAUGCUCCGGCCGCUCCUACGGCGGAUGAGGCGGUUGUUCUGAGUGCCUCGAGCUCGGAUGGGGCCCAGAAUGUGACUCUUACCUGGUACCAGCUCGCUGGUUGA